AUGCGUUGUGAAGUGCCUGAGUUCAAAAGAUGUUGUUUUUGUUUUCCACUCAGAUAUGGCUUGCUUGUUUGGGGUAUUAUUAAUUUGAUUACCACAGUUUACUAUAACAUCUUCAGAGUAAUCAAAAUAAAUAGCAUUGUGAACCAUAUGAAUUAUGAAGAUGACAUUCUACUAGAAAGCAUUUUCCUAGCGCUAUCAAUAAUAGAUUUUCUACUUAAUGCUUUGUUCGUAUUCGCUACUAUUACCAAAAAGGAGAAACUAUUGAAGUAUUUCUUAUACGGGAACUCCGCUCUAGGAGUGUUAGCAGUGUUAUACUUCUUGUAUAUAGUAGGCUACGUUUCAUACGUGUUCAGUGGUGCUACCGCACAAUUAGGAUGGCAUACUGUCAAGCCUUAUGCCUGGAAGGCUUUUGUUGAAGUUACUAAAUCCGGCCUUAUUAUUGCAAGCCAAUCUUUUUGCAUGUUACUCUUAUGGAGUGAGAUAAAAAAACUCAGAAGAAAUAAUCAACCAGUCUUGUUCGUGAACCAUGCAGGUGAAGCUAAGUGUACUAUGGAUGAUGGAGAGCGUGAAAAAAAUAGUGCAGAUGAUGACCAAGAAGAUACCGAGAAAUUAGUUGAAAUUAUAGAGGACAAAUCUGAAAUAGGACCAGUAAAGUGAUGAGCUAAAUCAUUGAUAUGCAUUUAGAGUGGAGUACUAGAAUAAAAUAGGCGUUUCUUUUUAAACAUG